AUGGGAGCUUCAAUCGCUGGAGCAAAAUACAAAGGGGAAUUUGAAAACAGAUUGAAGGCUGUUCUGAAGGAAGUUGAAGAAGCUGAAGGAAAAAUGAUCUUAUUUAUUGAUGAAAUUCAUCUUGUUUUGGGUGCUGGGCGCACUGAAGGAUCAAUGAAUGCUGCUAAUCUUUUUAAGCCUAUGCUUGAAAGAGGUCAAUUGCAGAGUAUCGGAGCCACAACUCUUGAAGAUUGCAGGAAAUAUGUGGGGAAGAUGCUGCAUUUGAGAGGCGUUACCAGCAAGUUUAUGCGACUGAACCAAGCUGAAGAUGCUGCAUUUGAGUGGCGUUUCCAGCAAGUGGGGGCGAUUGCUGGUGCUGGAGGUGGAGGUGGAGCUGGUGGUGGAGGUGGAGCUGGCACUGGAGGUGGAGCUGGGGCUGGAGGUCGAGGUGGAGCUAGCCCUGGAAAUUCAGGUGGUGCUAGAGGUGGAGCUGGAGGUGGAACUAGAGGUCGUGCUGGAGGUGGAGGUGAUGCUGGAGGUCGUGCUGGAGGUGGAGGUCGUGUUGGAGGUCGAAAUGGAGCUAGAGUGUCUGGAGAAUUUGAUUCGCAGUUUGGUAUUUAUCCUACUCCAUUGUCAUGUAUCCAUGGACAAUGUGCAAUCAUCAUGUUUGAUGUAACAGCUCGGUUGACUUACAAGAAUGUUCCAACAUGGCACCGUGAUCUUUACCGUGUUUGCGAAAACAUCCCAAUUGUGCUUUGUGGGAACAAGGUUGAUGUGAAGAAUCGACAUGUGAAGGCAAAACAAGUUACCUUCCACCGCAAAAAGAAUCUGCAGUACUAUGAAAUAUCAGCAAAGAGUAACUACAACUUUGAGAAGCCCUUUCUGUACCUUGCCAGGAAACUUGCUGGAGUAAUGUCAGGUUCGGGAGGCUUCGCUGUGUCGCGGAGCCAUGGUGGAGACAGGUUUUACAACCCGCCGGCUGUACGUCGGCACAAGCAGAUGCUCUUGCAGCAGCAGCAGUUCUUACUGCAACAGAAAGAGCACCAGGACCAGUUGCCGAGGACGCCGUUGAAGUCGGAAUCUUCUUCCGCCGCUGCGGAGGUAGAGGCCGGAAAUCGGAGUGAGUCGGAUGAUUCAACAAAGGCAUUGUCUAGAUCGUCUUCUGUCCGCUCGGCUUCGCCCCCCAGGCCAAUGCCGGUGAAUGUUACCAACUUGGAUCGUUUAAUGGAAUCUGUUACUCCUUUCGUUUCUGCUCAGAAUUUUUCUGAGUUGAGAGUAAUAGGAAGGAAAACGCGGGAAGUAGAGUCCCAUCCAUUUUAUUGCUUGGAGGAUCUUUGGGAAUCUUUUCGUGAAUGGAGUGUGUAUGGAGCUGGAGUACCUUUGUUGUUAAAUGGGAAAGACCCAAUCACACAAUAUUAUGUUCCGUACUUGUCGGGCAUACAGUUGUACAUAGACGCGUCGAAGCCUUCUUCAUGUCUCAGGGGGCCUGGUGAGGAGAGUGAUGCUGAGUCAUCUAGGGAAACGAGUAGUGCUGGCAGCAGCGAUUGUGAAGCAGAUAAACUAUCCAAAUCUGCAGUGGGGGGAUGUUGGAAUCAUCAGAAUGCCCAGCAACCGAAUGGGCUGUCAGUGAGAGAUAAAUUUGUCAGAAGUUCAUCUAGUGAUGAAGCUGAAAUUUCCAAUUUGCCCGGAUUACUCUUGUUUGAAUAUUUAGAACAAGAACAACCGCACCUACGCAAACCACUAACUGACAAGGUUUCUAUUCUUGCAUCCCAAUUUCCUGAGCUGAGACAGUGUAGGAGCUGUGAUCUCCACCCGUCAAGUUGGAUUUCUGUAGCUUGGUAUCCAAUUUAUAGAAUACCCAUGAGCCCAACUCUAAAGGAUCUGGAUGCAUCUUUUUUGACCUUUCAUUCCUUGUCGACACUAUCUGGAAAUAAUUUUCCACCUCAGUUUCAUGCUGCGAAUACUAGGAAUGUCCGUGGCAUUGUUGACAUAUCUUCAAAAAUUUCUUUACCAGUCUUUGGCCUAGCUUCCUACAAGUUGAAAGGUUCACUUUUGAGCCCUACUGGACCCCAUGAAUGCGAGCAAGAGAACUCUCUUUUGCAAUCAGCCGACGACUGGCUUCAUCCUUUGCAGCAUCAGGUGGUGGCUGUUGAUGUGCAUGAUAAAAUUUUGUUUUUAACAUGGGAUAUUGGGUGUUCUGCUCUAGUUUUGCUGUUCGAAGAAAUAGUAGUGAUCCCAUCAGGAAUCUCGAUUGGCCUCUUUUUUUGUCGUGGAAGGGGGAUAGGAGUAGUUGAUAUUGGUAUAUUAGUAGAAUGGCUGGCUAUGGUGUCAGUAAUUAGAUGUCCCCAACUCUUUGAUGAUGAUGAAAACUUGAAUAACCUGUAG